CACAGAGGUCACGUGACCGCCGAGCUGCGCUCUAGCCGCCGGUGGCGCGUGAGACUGACAGAACAGCCGCAGCCGUCGUUCCGCUCGCGCCUCUUCCUGAACCGGGUCACACUGCAAAUUUGGCCAAAAUGGCUCUUAUCUCCAUUGAGGAUCUUGCUGAACUGGAUGAUGAGCAGUUAGAUGAUGCCAUGACUGAUAACGCUCAGCCAGCAGAUGAGGAGGAAUCAGAAAGAAUGCUUGCUCACUGGCAGGCUGUGGGGCGAACACAUCAGGUGACCAUCCCCAGAGAGAUGACUGGACCGAUUGUGGAGAUGACGAGGAGAAAUCAGGAACAGCAACCAAUUCCUUUCGUCACCAUAUCAACACAUGAAAAGCUGGGUGAGGUGGUAUAUGAGGAAAGAGUGUAUCCAGCAGGUAAAUGGGCCUGUAUCACUGUGGGAGAAAAGCUAUAUGAGCAGAGCAUCUCCAUGGGCUUUAUGAAACUUAUGCGCUUCAUCUGCAAGGAAAACUCAGCUGGUUGUUACUUGGGCAUGACCGUCCCGGUAGUUAAUGGAAUAACGAUGCUGGAGGAUGGAGGAGGCUUCGAAAGUGAAGUCCUGACAGCUUACUACUUGCCUGAGGAGUUCCAGGAAAACCCUCCGCAUCCUGCUGACCCAGACAUUACCAUCAUCCACAGGGACUCAAUGCGAGUAAUCACUCGGGUUUUCUAUGGCACCACCACAGAGGAGACAAUCUCACGGCAAAUCAGCCUGCUGUGGGAGCUGCUGGGAGCCUCUGAUGACAUUCACCAAGACCAAUACAUGGUGGCUGUUUACGAGAACCCUGGGGUGCCGUCCCGUCGAAAUGAGAUCUGGUUCAUCAGCAGGAACCCCUAAGGGAUCUACUCCCUCAACACACACACACACACACACACGCACACACACAUGCACACUGUACACAUACACACAGAGCCAUUGUUACAGCACCUCCAAUUUGACACCAGAGAGAAAGACCAGGAAAGUGGGAUGAAUAAAAUAAGACAGGACAAAUUACUACUAAGAGUAUUAACUUUUAUUUUAGUGAAUAUUUACAGGUCAUAUACUAAAAACAUAUUUUUGUAAAGGAUGAUUUUGUGCCAGUAAUGCGUAAUUGGUACUUUAUUUUGUCAAAAAUGUUAGGUCACAUAAAGAGUAUAUAAGAGGAAUCAGAGUAGACACUCGGGUAGCAUUUUAAAUCUUUUAUAAACUUAAAAAAAUCUUUUAAGGCCCUCAUAAUUCUCGAUUUAUAAUGCUUCAGGAACUGAGGAUUUACCACUAGGGGCAUUUUAACCCAACGUUUUGUACAGAGCCCCACUUAAAUUGUGGACUAAAAGUUGCUCUUUUCUUUCCCUUGUCUACUUUGUUUCUUUUCAGGUCACAUUUCAAAAGUUACUGUACCCUUUUUCCUACUUUUGUACAGUCCAAUGUCCUCAUUAGAUUAUGUAAAAUACCCGAAAAAGUGAAAUGCAGAAUGUACAACGGAUUUCACUGUGUAUUAGAAAUUAGUACUCACUUUGCAGGUAAUGGUGCACUACACCAACAACACACUCAACCUUAAACUAUUCCAUCAGCAAGACAAUCAUUUUUGUUUUAGAGAAGUGCUAGUUGUUAAAUGAAUACACUUGACAAAUUGUAUAUCUGGUAAUGCAUUAUCCAAAUGUACAAUGGACCAAAGGUUUAUGCAGCAUGAAAAAUCAGAGAUGUUUCUCAUUACGGAUUUUUUACUGUGACUGUAUUGUUUCAGAUUACGGAUUUUACUGUUACUGUUUUUAAAUGUACUGGUCACUGUGCUUUGACUUGUAAUCAAUUAUUGUCAGAUAACGUUGAUUUUUUUUUUUGUAUAAACACAGAAGCCUGGACAAGUAUGAAUCAGAACAUAUAUUUAUUUUUCCUCAUAUAUGUCUAUUUGUUUUAAAUAAAAAGAAUAAAUGAAGAAAAGUUUAAACACACACAUACCCCAUAUGCUGACUAAUCAGCUAAAAUACAGGUAGUCUGUUAAUCACUGACCGAUUAAGAUGUACUGUAGAUACUUUCUGUAUGUCAAAAAACUUGAAUAAAAGAAUUAUAGAUUUUUACCAAACAUCACAUAUUCGAUGAGUUAAUCUUUCCUCACUUUGGUUGUAUUUGUUUCAUGUUAACAUACACUUUCAACACUGAUUGUAAUAGAGUUUAACAAUCAAAUGUACUGAGAAAAAGAGAAUAAUGCAGCAGAUAUCAAUGUUAUAUGCUAGCUAUUGUUUGUCAAACUGUGCUGAUGUAGAUUUAAUGUACUGUGGCCCUUAAACUGUGAAUGUUUUGAAGAUCGGUUGUUGUGUAUGAUUUAUUUUGAAGAAUAAAAAAUAGUUUUGUCUGGUGUUA